UUGCAAAUGUAUUUUCAUAACAAUACCGCCAAUUGAUGUCUACAAGUAUUCAUCGGUUUAACAAAAUUAACUGAUUUGAAGACAUCGUAGACAAUGAUUGUGUCCAUAGUUGAGACCAUCAAUGAGUUCGAGCCAUUUGGCCGACAGUUGAUGCCAUCGCAUCCAAAAGAAAAUGGUUUAUCCGAUCCAAACCACUUAAAUAUGUGGACAACUGCCGAAACAGAUCCCAGUCGUGACCUCUUCAGGACUAUUAAAACCAUUAACAUUAAGGAUAAAUCAUUGAGAGAAAAUUGGAGAUUAAGAGAGAGUGUCGACGGAGAGGAAGAAUUGUAUUUUAAUGACAAAGUUGUUAUUCACAGCAAAAGUGAUGGCCAACAGUUGUCACACUUGAUUAAGACAUUUACUAUUGAGAACAGUAUAUAUGAUGCCAUUUGGUGUAUUUUUACCGACGAUUUGUCCAAAACUAUGAUUAAAACCAUUUGCAUAUUCAGUGAUACAUUACUGGAGAUCUUUACCACAAAUGGCGAUCACUACCCGAUUGCUCUUCAGUUUCAGGUCAGACAAAUAUUUUCAACAAAAUAUGGUCUUUUGUUGGAAAGAUUGAUUCCCAACACCGAAUCUGAUGACAAACCAUUGCCUCUAAUAUUUAAUUUGAGUCAUCCGCUCAAAGAGAUUUCACCCGUCAUUAUAAGCAGAUUCGGACCAACACUUAAAGCCCAACAAAUAGGUUACAUAACAGCCAAAGACAAGUUAGAAUUGGUUGCCGUUAUUGAAGAGCGAUCUUUACUUAUCUUUUACAACAAACAGUCCGGCGUUCACAUGAUAUUUGUGUUGAGAGAGGCCAACGAAGACGAGAUAAAAUAUGUGACGAAUACAUCAAAUACCACUUUAUAUGAUUGUUUCUCAUGUGAAUCGCCUGUAAUUGAAUCGCCAUUUAUUUUGUCAAAUAGACAAUUAAGUCAUCCGACAAAUACCAAUACUUUUACUUCAGAGUCGUCGAUGGCGUCACCGUUUAGGAGCCGAAGUGCGAGUUUAUCCAAACAGGGCUUAUCAUCUUCAUUGGGCAUAUUUUCAUCUCCAAGUGCUUUCAAUCCUUCAUCUCAAAGCCUAACUCGAAGUCGGACUUCAACCACAUCACCUUCAGUGUUGACUCCUUUGAGAAGUAGUCGAUUGGCUGCAUCACCAGCUUCUCCUUCUCUUCGACCUUUUGUUAACACUCCGAGUCGUAGUUUCACUCCAACAAUAUCUGAUCCACAAAUUAGUCGACUUAAAGAACAAUACAAAAGUCCUUUUUCCAGUUUUAGUCCUCUUUCUUCAGUUUCACCAAAGAAUAGAAAUUAUGAUUAUUUGUCGGAUGAUGUGACGGAACCACUUAUGCCAGAGCUUUCAUUAGAGCAUUUGUGGAGUGAAGUGCCCUCAUCUGUCAGUGAGAGGGCAUCCAAAGUGUUUAUCACCACAGAUCUAACCGGACAGUUGUAUAUAUGUUUUCUCGCGAGUCAAUCACAGACUCUUAAACUCAUACGACUGGAUCAAAGCAACGAUGGACUCAAAUUAAUAUUUGGUUCGACAAACAUUAUCAGUGCAAAAGAUGCCGAACCACUUACAACGUUAAACAUGAUUGUAACGGUAGAUACUAAUAAUAAUCUGGUUUUGUUUAGUGGAUUGUUUAAGACAAGCAUAAUUCACUUACCAUCAACUUUAUGCACAGCAUUUACCAAUUCACUACUGCUUUCACCAUCAUCUACACUCUCUAAUAGGUCCAUAUCAUAUCAAUCACCACAAUAUAAGCGUUCGAGUUUAAUGACAUCGAGUAGACCGAGCAGUGCUACCGGUGUUUUUAAUCCAUCAUUUUUAUCAGAAUCUAAACUUCUCUCACCUGUGAUUCCAGAGUCUGAUCUCGAAAAUAGUUCUUUUAUGUCACCGAUGAGUAUCGGAAACAUCGGUAAAAUUACUGCAGUAAGAGAUUCAGUAAAAGAUCGCAUAACAGUUCAAUGUGUCGACUCAUCUCUAUAUAGAUUUGCUUUACCGCCGAUAAGCUCAUCAUAUAUCGUCUCUCAGUGUUUAAGUGCACUUAAGAAUGUAUUGCCCAGAGAUUCAAGUAUGCAAUUAAUGACUAAAUGGUAUGCUUUCAGAAACGCUCCCAAUUCUGAUGAACUUUCUGUCAAUAGAGAACUAAAUCUAUUUAAAUCAUGUCUUCUUUCACUGAUUGGAUAUGACAUCGAAAGUCUUAACUUGAAUUUGGACACAAACUCUAGUUGUCAUUCACCAGAAGUCACUAAGAAAAUGAAGCUCAAUAGAGAAGAGGGAACUGAUGAUGACUGGGAAUGGCUUAUUGCUAAUGCAAGUGAUUAUAAAUCUAUAACUUCAAACACUAGUCAUCCAAUUACUCCAUCGACACUUUUUCCACACUUUCCAUCAAUACUAUAUUCACUUCAUUUAGUUUAUGAAGAUCUUAAACUACAAGAACCCAAUUGGGAAUUGUGUCCAAUGAUUGUUGAUAUUCUCUAUUUAUUUGCUGUGGACCUCAAAGUCAAUUCAUAUCAAAUGCAUUAUUUGAAUGAUUUUCCCAAUAAUUGUCAGACCAUAAGUGUUGAAUCUCGUAUAAGUGAUCACGACUUAGAAAAUCUGAUUAUUCCGUCAUAUUUUAAAGAUCGGUGUCCAUCAAUCAACUCAAAGAUUUUGUCACUUUUGGAAUUAAAUCAAUUAACUGAUAAUUUAUUUCCAUAUAUUGCUAACACAACCAAUGAUUUGUAUAAUAUUGUAUUGCUUUUUGCAAACUUGAAAACCGACGAAUUUAUUGCUGAUUCACGAGUAUUAGUGCCGAUCAAUAUACUAAAAGUUGAUACAGAUAUCAAUAAAUAUAAAAUCAAUUCAAACAAUGUCUUUACUAAAACAAUACAACUUAUGAACAUUUUGGGCCUUAAGUCCGAAACAUUGAUGCAUUUACCAUCUGGUUUAGCCAUUCCUCUAUGGGAUGCGAUUUUCUAUUGUCGUAAUAAUCCAUGCAAUGACUGGAAUAGAUCAUGUUUUAAACUUAUAGGCAGACCUGAUUUGGUGACACUUCAACCGCCAUACAAAAAACCAAUUAAGUAUUCAGUUAGCAAAUUGAUUGUUGAAUCGACAGAACCAGAUGACGACGGCAUCUUAUUUUUGGACAAUGAUGUUCUUAAGCUAUUAUUUCCUGAUGAUCAACGUAUUUUAGAUGCCUAUCAAAUGUUGUUGUCAUCAAAACCUGUUAAGAUUGCGAUACAACAAAAGCCCGGUGUUUCCGAUCAUGACUUUAUUGAAGAACAAGAACGCCAUUUAUAUACGAUAUGCAUCCGUACUAUGGCUUUGCCUUUAGGCAGAGGAAUGUUAACAAUGCAAUCAUACACUCCAGUAGUUGCCGAAACAUUUCCUAUUCCUAAACUUUGUUUAGUAGGUCGGGUGCCGCCCAGGAAUAACACUAUAGAUUUGUCUCAUAUAGAAGUGCCACAAAAUAUGAAUACUUGGCCACUAUUUCAUAACGGUGUGGCCGCUGGACUUAGAAUCUCAUCGAAAGCUUCGGGAACUAUUGAUUCGACUUGGAUUGUAUACAACCGACCCAAAAGCAGUUCCUCAUUGAACAACACAGCCCUAAGUAGUGAUGCCCAGAACGAACAUGCUGGAUUUUUACUGGCACUCGGCCUCAAUGGCCACUUGGCCUGUCUAUCAACUAUGAGUAUUCACGACUACUUAUGCAAAGGCAAUGAAUUAACACGAGUGGGUGUAUUGUUGGGCUUAGCGGCUGCUAAAAGAGGAACAAUGGACGUGUCGGCUGUCAAAGUAUUGAGCAUUCAUGUGGAAGCGCUUUUGCCGCCAACCAGUACUGAGUUGGAUGUACCGCCUAUUGUUCAAGUAGCAGCUGUGCUCGGUAUUGGACUUCUUUAUCAAAGCAGUGGUCAACAUCAUAUCGCUGAAGUAAUGCUCGGAGAAAUAGGAAGACCUCCUGGACCUGAAAUGGAGCACUAUAUUGAUCGUGAAUCGUAUGCAUUGGCUGCAGGCCUGGCCUUUGGUCUCGUGACUCUUGGUAAAGGAAAUGAUAUGAUUGGUUUGGUAUCAUCUGCGGAAGGCAUGUCAAUGGCUGAUCAGUUGUGUCACUAUAUGCUCGGCGGAUAUAAGAGACCGCUAACAGCUUUGCAACGAGAAAAGUAUAAAACACCGAGUUAUCAAAUAAGAGAAGGCGAUUGUAUUAAUGCUGAUGUCACGAGUCCCGGAGCCACACUUGCCUUAGGGAUGAUGUUCUUAAAUACUAACAACGAGGCUGUCGCUCAAUGGUUCACCAUUCCGGACACUCAACAUUUACUAGAAAUGGUUAGACCCGACUUCAUAAUGAUGCGCACUAUAAGCAAAGGCUUGAUAUUAUGGUCAUCCAUUCAACCAACCAAAGAGUGGGUUGAAUCACAUAUGCCUUCAAUAGUGUCGGAAAAUGCAUUUCAGAGGAAUCCCAACGAAACAAAUUAUCGGUUAGACUACGAGACUAUGAGUCAGGCCUAUUGUAAUAUAGUGAGCGGUGCGUGUUUUGCACUGGCACUUAAAUAUGCCGGUUCUGCCAAUCAAAAGGCAUUCAAAACAGUUAUGGAUUACACCGAAAAGUUUAUAGCAUUUUCAAUGAAACCACAUUUGGCAGAACAAGCAGGUCGUAGUACUAUUGAGUCUUGUCUUAAUGUAUUAGUCGUAUCAUUGGGUAUAAUAAUGGCGGGAACCGGUAAUUUAGAUGUAAUGAGAGUUUGUCGUUACUUACGUUCCCGACUCAAUCAAGCAAAUUAUGUAUUAUAUGGCUCUCAUAUGGCUAUCCAUAUGGCUUUAGGCUUAUUGUUUUUGGCCGGUUGUCGGGCAACGUUAUGUUCAUCUCCAGAAUCAGUUGCAGCCCUUAUAAUAGCAUUCUUUCCUAAAUUUCCAAUACAUAGUAACGACAAUCGCUAUCAUUUACAAGCGUUUCGACAUUUAUAUGUUUUGGCAACUGAGCCACGUUUGGUCAUACCUCGUGAUAUCGACACCGGGAAAGCAGUUUAUGUUAAUCUUCAUUGUGUUGUUAUAAAUGAAAGCAAUUCGUGUGAAAUUAUGAAACUUAGAGCUCCAUGUUUUUUAGCAGAACUCCAUUUACUUGAAGAGGUUGUUGUCGAUGAUGAACGGUAUUGGAGGAUAUCAUUUGAAAAGGAUAAGAAUUGGCAAAGUCUUAAACAUUUUCUCCUUAAAGAUGGUGUUUUGUAUGUCAAACAAAGAACAGGUUGUUUGCCAUAUAGUGAAGAUCCUAAAGGAUUCAAAAGUCUUUACGCGCAAAGUGUUAUGAAAGAUGCUGUCAAAGGAUGGACUCAUAAAGUUAACACCGCCACCGAGUUUUCAAAUGAUAGACUUGUUAUUAAUUUUACCAAAUAUUUAAUAUCUAAUCGAUCGGACACUGAAUUUGAAGCCGAAAUUCAAAGCAAAUUAUGUUCACUGAUGUUUGAUUGCGCCUCAAAUGACAGAUUAGAGUUUUUAUCACCGCUGAUGAAACUCACUGAAAGUGUGACCAAACAGUCUAAUACACUGAGUCUAUGGCAAAUCAAAUUAGCCAAAGCCUGUACCAAACGUUGCCAAUCAUUAAAAACAGAUUUUGUUGAAUCAACGCGAUCUCUGAUUGAGAAACGAAUUAAAAAUUCAAUUGAUAAGAAUUUGCUUUACAAAUACUUAAGAGGAACUCUUCGAUUACCAGAAUUUACGACAACCCUAAUGGAAACAAUUGUUUUCUAUGAUAUGCCACCGUUUGCAUCGUUAGCAUCACUUCCAGAUAAAUUAUCAUUUGUCGAUUUGAUGACUGAUUUACAAUCAAAAUAUUGUGUACCAAUUACUACAAUUAAUCUAUUAUAUCGACUUUAUUUUCAAUAA